AUGGACCCUCUCCUCGCCGCCGCGGAAGCCGCAGCCGCAGCCUCAGACAAGACAUGCACCCCGCCUAGCUCCCCGCCAUCCGCCGAAACGCCCCCAGCGAGCCGUCUAUGGGGUAUUAGCGAUAUACACCUCUCUUUCAAAGGCAAUCGCGAAGCUCUCGAGAAGCUCCUUCCGCACCCGCAUGAUGACCUCAUACUAUGUGGAGAUGUUGGCGAGUCAGCAGAGCAUUGCCGCAUAGCCUUUACCAAGGUUAAAGAAUGCUUCAGACAAGUCUUCUGGGUGCCAGGGAACCACGAGCUAUAUACGCUGCCCUCAGAGAAGGACCAUGGUGCAAGGGGCGAGGCGAAAUACAUGGAGUGCGUCGCCAUCGCGCGGGAGUACGGCAUAGUCACACCUGAGGACGAGUACACGUUAUGGGAGGGCGAAGGAGGGCCAUGUCUCAUUGCACCCAUCUUCACAUUAUAUGACUACAGCUUCCGGCCCAGUCAUGUGAAGCUAGAGGGCGCGCUUGACUGGGCGAGAGAAGAAGACAUAGAAGCGACUGAUGAGCACCUCCUGCAUCCCGACCCCUACUCGUCGCGUAUCGAAUGGUGCAACGCGCUGCUCGACAAGACGGAAAAGAAGCUCACAGCAGCUGUCGCAGCGCACCCAGACACCCCAUUGAUCAUAGUAGGCCACUGGCCGCUGCGGGAAGACCUAGUGAAGCUGUUCAGGGUCCCGCGCUUCUCACUUUGGUGUGGCACAAAGAAAACGGAAGACUGGCACAACAGGUUCAACGCGAAGAUAGUCGUCUCCGGCCAUCUGCACAUCAGAAGGACGGACUGGAUAGACAACACGCGCUUUGAAGAGGUCAGCCUAGGAUACCCAAAGCAAUGGCACGACUGUCAGGAGCGAGGUCUGGACAUCAACGACAUGCUCCGUGAACUAAUGCCAGGUCCGGAAACACCACCAAAAGAUCAGCGGAAGACUGUCUGGAGACAGUUCGGAUGA